AAUCCUUCACCGGAAAACCAACCCAAACCCUUCAUCUUCUUCCUACCCAGAUCCCAAAGAUCCCAUCUUUGAUUUCUUAUCCGACUUUAAAUGUUCCCUUUCAUUCUUUUUUCUUGUGUAAAAAUUGAAACUUUCCCUUGCUCACAUUCUUGAUUUCACCCCCAAAUUUUUGUUCUUUGGGCUCCACUGAUUAGUGGGUAUCUUUCAGAUUUUGCAAUCAAUUUUGGGUCUUUGAGGGUUUUCGUUUGAGCAUUGUUCUUGGGUUUCGAUAAGGAUUUUGGGGUUUUUGUUUUUUCAUGGAAUUUGGUGGAUCUAAGGAUUGCAUGGCUGUAAUGGAGUCAUCAGUGUAAUAGGGAGGAUUGGGUUGCAGUUUCAAGGAGUGAAGUGGGUUUUUCGGGUAGUGUUUUGAUUGGGGGAUUUAGAUCAUGGAGCAUGUUAUUGGAGGCAAGUUUAAGCUGGGGAGGAAGAUCGGCAGUGGAUCGUUCGGAGAGCUUUAUUUGGGGAUCAAUGUGCAAACUGGGGAGGAGGUGGCUGUGAAGCUGGAAUCUGUUAAGACAAAACACCCUCAGCUUCACUAUGAGUCAAAGUUGUACAUGCUUCUUCAAGGAGGAACGGGUGUACCCCAUCUCAAAUGGUUCGGAGUUGAGGGUGAAUAUAAUGUCAUGGUUAUUGACCUUCUUGGCCCAAGCCUAGAAGACUUGUUCAACUAUUGCAACCGGAAGUUCUCUUUGAAGACGGUUUUAAUGCUUGCAGAUCAAUUAAUAAAUCGAGUGGAGUACAUGCACUCGCGGGGAUUUCUUCACCGUGACAUAAAGCCUGACAACUUCUUAAUGGGUCUUGGGCGUAAAGCUAAUCAGGUAUAUAUCAUUGAUUAUGGCCUCGCGAAAAAGUAUAGAGAUCUUCAAACGCAUAAGCACAUACCAUACAGGGAAAAUAAGAAUCUGACAGGAACAGCUCGCUAUGCAAGUGUUAACACUCACCUUGGUGUUGAGCAAAGCAGGAGAGAUGAUCUGGAAUCUCUGGGUUAUGUGCUUAUGUAUUUUCUUAGGGGAAGCCUUCCCUGGCAGGGGUUGAAAGCAGGUACCAAAAAACAGAAAUAUGACAAGAUCAGUGAAAAGAAGAUGCUUACUCCAAUUGAGGGUCUGUGUAAAUCGUAUCCAUCAGAGUUCACUUCAUAUUUCCAUUACUGCCGCUCAUUACGCUUUGAAGAUAAACCAGACUAUUCAUACCUGAAGAGACUUUUCCGAGAUCUUUUUAUUCGAGAAGGUUAUCAAUUUGACUAUGUAUUUGAUUGGACAAUACUGAAGUAUCCACAAAUUGGCUCCAGUUCUAGAGCAAGAACAAGUGCAAAACCAGCUUUGAGUCCUGGACCAUCUGCAGAAAGAACAGAAAGGCGUUCAGAGAGAGACGAGUUUCGAGAGAGACUCUCAGGUGCAGUUGAAGCAUUUUCUAGAAGGAAUGGUUCUGGGCAGGGUGACAACUCCAGACUUAAAUCAGUUGAAGAUGCGCCAUCAUCCAAAGAUGUGCAUCAUGAUUCAGAAAGAACCCGGAGUUCAUCUAGAAAUGGCAGCACCUCAAAGAGGCCUGUCAUAUCAAGCAGUAGGCCAAGCUCCUCUGGUGAGCCUAGCGAGAGCAGGUCAAGCCGGCUGAUCUCGAGCAGUGGUCGCCUGUCAACCACCCAAAGGACACCUGGGUAUGAAUCGAAAGUGUCUUAUACUCGUACUUCAGCUGCAAGAGGCGGUCGUGAUGAUGCACUUAGGAGCUUUGAGCUCCUUUCUAUUGGUACGGGGAAGAGGAAAUAAAGUCUGAUCUAUCUACUGAUUAAUUUCCUGCCUCAAAGUUCCGUGUAGUAUCUAUCCCAAGAUGUCAGCCCUACAAUGGUUUUACUACAGUUGCUCUGUAUAUGUGUAUCCCUUGUCGGGUUCAUUCAUAGUUGAAAAGCUCAGUGAAGUUUCUCCUUUAGAAGGACCCAUCAUUUACCACUUCCAUGGAUUUCUUGCCAUUACAACGUGCCUCGGUGACUCACCCAAGAAAGAGAUUAACCAUCUCACUUCAGGGAGUUGUUUAUAUAUUUGAGAUUCUGGUAGCUGUAAUAAAUACAGCUUUGGUGAUCUUUUUCCAGGGAAAUAAAAACUUUUGUUAAGAUGUUCAUUAAGCUCUGGUUUGUAACAUGUGUAGCUAUCUAGCAGAAAUUGGUUACAUAGUCAUUCUUGUUUCUCAUGUACUUAGUAUCAACUCCCUUUUCUUUUACCAAAUCAGACCUUUUGCCAGUAGUGAUUGCUUUAAACAUUUCUGAAAAUCUGAUAUGUCCUAUUCAAAAAAAAAAAAAAUCUUACGUCGACCUUUAUAAACCGAUACUGUAUCGCAGUUGAGAACAUAAUGGAACUGAUUUGGUUGGAUUGUUAUGUCCUUCAUACGAAAUGUGAUGAAACCGAAGGCAGUUUAGGUCUUUAAGUUUUGAGGCCAGUGACUCCUUUUUUUGGGUCGAAAGAUACUUCAUUAAGCCACAAGGUCAAGAGAGAACAACUUGGAAUACAA